CAUUUGUGGGGGUUUCCCCCUUGAUGAACCAUAAAGCAGUUUAUGGGAGUUUUCUAGAUUUACUAUUUGACAAUCUAAAGUUUAACUCGUAUUUUUGUUCUUUUUACAGGAAGACACGAAUCUAUGACUGAUGCAAAAUGACCGUACUAACAUCCGUGCUGUUGCUGUUCUUCUCUUGGGUGUCACUGCACAAUACCGCGCACACUGUCGCAGAGACUUGCCGGGGGACGCACUGCUACGGCACGGAACCCCGCGACCCAAGAGCUUGCACCGGAGCGCGCUGCUCGGGAGGCAGGCCCUCCAGACCUCCGCGGCAGUUUAAUCCGUCAACUCAGGCAAGAGCAGCGCAGAUGGUUGGGAGCCAAUACCACGCGUACCCGAUCGAUCCAAGAGCUGCGCCGGAAGCACAUCUGGCCGCCCAGCCGCUCCACGGGUGGCAUGGCGACAGCAGCAGCGGCACGCGAAUCAGAGCGCAUGAAGUUUUACCUGCAGGAUGCACCGGCGAGGACUGCGUUACUCCUGUGAAACAAUUUCAGCCCACAAAUAACACCAGAGACUGUAGAGGGAUUGAGUGCAGACUGCCCCUGAUAAUACGGCCAAAAGCGCGAGCAAAGUCUUGCGCGGAAGAGGGAUGUCUGGCUGGUUCAGAAGAGACCGUCUCCUCUACCGCCAGCCAGCUUCCUCCUGUCCAUCUGUCCGACAGAGCCGCGCAGUUUAUGGGGGAUUUUCCGGAGUUUGGAUAUCCGUCUUCAGAACUUGGCGGCGCGCCUUUGGGUGUCCAGCUCACAUGCGACAUCAAGCCAGGUGAGAAUGAAGUUCACUCAGAAGAUGCCCUCGUCUUGCAUCUCCAGCUGGCCAAGGGGCAGGAGAAGCUGGUAGAGGCCCUGCGAACCCAGCAGAUGGUCAUUCGCGACUUGCAGCAGAAGCUCGUUGACCAACAGGAGGCGCUGCUGUCCCAGCAAAGGGAGGUUCUGGAGCAGCAGCGGCGAAUGUAUGAGCAGAUGGAUGUGGUGAAGGCCCAGUACGCCCUUCUCUCUGACACCGUCAAACAGGUAUCCUUCCAGAGUCUGCAGGGUGAGCUGCAGAGCUACUUUGAAAGCCAUCUUGCGGGGCUCCAGAGUCAGGCUCGCAGCCACCUGCAAAAGUCCUACGCUGGCCACAAAAUGGACAUGGACUCAAAAGUAAUGGAUGUUGUCGGGGAGGCUGAGUUCCCUCAACCUCUGCUGGGAUGUACUUCAACUUGUGGACCAGAGGAGUUCUGUGACUUUCAAAGGGUCCCACCUCAGUGUCAGAAGUGCACUAUGUGUCCACCGGGAUUCUUCCUGAUCUCACAGUGCUCUCCUACUGCAGACAGAAUGUGCCAGGACAGAGAUGAAUGCCUUGAAUUACCAAACAUUUGUGGAGAGAGAGUGAAGUGCCUUAACUCUCCGGGAGGUUUCAAGUGUUUGGGAGUUCCUGAGAGAGAAGCAGUGACAGGCUUGUGUGGCCACAAUUACUUCUACAACCAGGAGCUGCAGGAGUGCCAGGCCUGUUCAGACUGUGAUGGAGAUCCUGUCACUGUUCCCUGCACAGCCAUCUGCGACACAGUCUGUGGCCAUCUUUCGGAGAGCCGGCUCUCCCAGGCUUGGGCAGCACAUGUGGUACUUCCCCCUCCCAAGACCUCCGGCACCAACAUCUUCCCUGGGCUUCAGCUAAACAUCCUAGGGAAGGAGACCAGUGACUUGCUGUCAAACAACGCGGGUCAAGUGACCUUCCUGCAGCAUGGCCUGGUGUGGCUGGAUCAUAACGUUGCAAUAAAGCACAGCUGCAGGAAUUUCCUCCAGGUGGGUAUGAGGCUCAACGGGAGCCAGGAGGAGGAGGGUCGGGACCUCAGCGGUGUUCGCAUCGAACAGCCAGACGGGAAGUACUUCCAGGGAGUCAGCGUCAGCAGUGGAGUCGAGGUGGAGCCUAAUCAUGUCUUCUCUCUGCUGUUAAAGAGUCCAAACCAACACUGCAACCAGAGCAAGGAUCUUCACAUCUACGAUGUCAUCACUCCCUCUUUAAGCCUGCUCUGGUUGUCUCAUGAUACUGGUGCUGUAUCUAUGACAGCCCAGAUGUCCCUGCUGGUGCACUACCAGACUAGUUACCGCCCGACUUUCCGCAUCACCUCAGUGUCUGACCCCUACAUGAUCAGCCUGACUCAUGACAACCGUGGAGUUCGCUUCACAGAAAGCGGUGUGGUCAAGUUUGUUCUUCAGCAGGCGCUGUACUCCAUGGGCCACACCUGCAUUCAAGAGGGUUUGUCCCUGAUUGCUUAUACUAACCAAAACGGGACCGGUCAGGAGACAACGCAGGCCUUCAAGAUAGGAGUCAACUACCGGGACACCUCCAUCACUCUUUCUGGUGCUGUGAGUGUAGACAGCAGAGACGCGCUCAGCUUCGAAAUCACAUCUCCAUCCCAGUGCAAUGUCCGCUACUUUGGGGAUGGCACUGGGAUCAGCAUGCUAAGCCUUAUCUGGAUUCCUUCAGCAAUGUCAUCAGCUUUGACUGCUACUGUGUCCAGGACUGGUCUUCCCUUUGGAGCAGUGAGAAAUAAACCCUUGUUGUUUGAGCAGAUCAGCUCAGACACACCACAGGUUCAUUUGGCCCGCUCAGGUGAGCCAAACACCCAGAAGAACUUCAUAUUUCAUCAAAAAGGGACAGCAAACAUAGCCCUCAACCUGAAGCUGAUCCACUCCUGUAAUAUAGUAAAGCUGACUUUGCAACGGGUGGGGGUUGUAGGUCAGGGAGAGCAGUCAGGUCCUGUGGCUCAGCAGGUGACUGGAUACAUGCCAGAAGGGAGUGAAUGGGCCAGUAUUGGGCUGAGGGCCUCAUUUCAGGUCCAAAAUGGCACAGCUGUGUAUGUUACUCUGGACUGUAUCCGUGGACGAGUUAACCAGAUAACACACGCCGGAGGCACUAACAUUUCACUCCUAUGGGUUGCGAUGUGAUCCAAGAAGAGCUGGUGCCUUGUCAUGGAUGCAUUUUGAAAAGAAAAGACAAUUUUGCACAAAAAUGAAAUGUAGAGCAGAUUCAACAAUUUACCAAAUUGAGGAAGAACACUAGUUGAUAAAAACUGUGCUAAUCUAUUCCACAUAUUUUAUGAUAUUACCAUUUUAAAUGUAUAUUUCAUCACCUGUUUAGAAUUUUAUUAAGUCUUUUUUUGGGUGUAAUUAACAAACGGUAAGUACUGCGUUUGCUUCAAGUACUUCAGCUGGUUGAGCAGUGACCAAUUCUACAUUGAACAUCAGAGUGUUUGUGUGUCGGGACAGUGUGUGCACUGGUGCUUAUAUUUGUAUGUGUUUACAUAUGUACACACAGAUAUUGACAUGCUUACUUCUGCAGUCAUUUAAUAUGCAUAUCUUUCCAAACCUGCAUAUAUUUAAUAUACAUACUGUAUGUAUCAAAUCUUUUUGUGUUAUAUCAUUAGUCUUUAACAAAACAUUUUCAGAAAUAUGCUAAUCACCUUCUGGAGGAGAGUCAGACCGGAAGAUCACACUUAGCAGGCAGUUAGCUGGAAACGGGAACAGAUUAAUAUUUAUUAUUAUACAGAUUAGUAUAGAUUAAACAUACUGUAUCUUGUAUGUUUAAUCUAUACAAAAUUCAGAACUUUACAGGGAGUUAUGUGCAGAACUGUUUCUUGGCCAGGAUGUGUAACUUCCUGGAGUCUAUGUUGGAAAUAACCCCUCCUAAAACGCUAAAUUGCUGUUUUCACAUCAUUUUUAUAUGACAUAAACAGAGAUUUACAGAAACGGAGGAUCAGGUUGGGGGCUUUCCAAACCUUUGGACAGAGCCAGAGCUGCUUCUGCAUUUGCACCCUUUAUCAAACUGAUAGGAUGUGAUGUCAGUCUUCUCAUCUUACUCACCAUAAAAACAAAUAAGAGUAUUUUCCAAAAUGUCACCCUAUUGCAAUGUAAUAAACUUUCAAAAAGCUUAAGGGUUUGUA